AUGGGUAACGACGACUUUAGCUACAAGGGCCAUGGCACCAACAGCCAGGGCAACCACUACUGUGCUCGGGACUAUGGUAGCGGUGCCGCCAAUUCCAACAGCUACCACUACUCAAACUCGGACGGCUCCUAUUAUUAUUCCAACCCAAAUGGAAGCACUUACUACAACAGUGGUACCGGCUCUUCCACAUACAAUCCUCCUGCCUCCAGCAGCGGUGGUUCCAACAGCUAUGGUUCUGGCGGCAGCUCCGGCGGCGGCUCUGGCGGAACUACCGGGGGUAGCUCUGGCGGCAAGAACGGUCAGUAA